AGGGAAGUGUCAGACUCCAUUUUAAUGUGUAUGAACAGGACUUAUAACUGGUUGUUUCCAAGAAUGAACUGGUUCAACAGGGAGGAGGAGCCUGAGAACAGGGAAGUGUCAGACUCCAUUUUAAACUGGAUGAGCAGAAGGAAGAAAAGUGAGCAGACUGAAGAUGUUAGGUUAUGAGGAGGAAGAGGAGGACAGAGCAGAGUCUCCAGGGUUCAGCUGUGUGUCUCUGAAGAGUGACCGGUCCAUGAAUCAGCCUCUAAUCUUCAGUAAUGAACCUGGACCUUCACACACUAAAGGUCAGGACCACAGACUGAGAGCAGAGUCUCCAGGGUCCAGCUGUCUGUCUCUGAAGAGUGACCAGUCCAUGAGACAUCCUCCAGAGUUCAGUAAUGAACCUGGACCCUCCCCCACAGAAGAGAGGAAGAGGAGUCAUGUUUCUGAGGAGGAGCAGUCGUCCUGCUGUGCUUCGUGUCAGGACGUCCUGAAGGAUCCAGUCUCCACCAGCUGUGGACACUGGUUCUGCAGACAGUGCAUCACCUCAUACUGGGACCAGUCUGGUUCUUCAGGAGACUCCUCCUGUCCCCAGUGUGGACAAAGAUCCAGAACAGGAGCUGGAGGUCAGACAGCCGCAGAUCGUGGUCUGCAGGAGGUUUCAGAUGAACAUAAGCUCAGUGUGAGGAGGAGAUGUGAACAUGUGACUGAAGGAAGUGAUGAAACAGGAAGUAGAACCCUCCUCAACAGGAUCUACACUGAGCUCUACAUCACAGAGGGACAGAGUGAAGAGGUUAAUACUCAACAUGAGGUGAGGCAGCUUGAGACAGCUUCCAAGAAGAAGAUCCUCCACGACACUCCCAUCAAGGUCCACGACAUCUUUAAAGCCUCCACUGACCAGCAGAGCAGCAUCAGAGUCGUCCUGACCAACGGCGUCGCUGGCGUUGGAAAAACCUUCUCGGUGCAGAAGUUCACUCUGGACUGGGCAGAGGGUUUAGAGAACCAGGAUGUGGGUCUGCUGACUGUGCUUUCGUUCAGGGAGCUGAACCUGGUGAAGGACCAGCAGCACAGUCUUCUCACGCUGCUCCAUGUUUUCCAUCCAGCGUUACAGAAGCUCACUGCAGAGACGCUCGCUGUCUGUAAACCUUUGUUCAUCUUUGACGGCCUGGAUGAAAGCAGACCUUCUCUGGACUUCAACCACAGGGAGCUUGUGUCUGAGGUCACACAGAGGUCAUCAGUCAACGUGCUGCUGACAAACCUCAUCCGGGGGAAUCUGCUUCCCUCGGCUCUCGUCUGGAUAACCUCCAGACCUGCGGCGGCCAAUCAGAUCCCUCCUGCAUGUGUUGACAGGGUCACAGAAGUACGAGGCUUCACUGACGCCCAGAAGGAGGAGUACUUCAGGAGGAGAUUCAGUGAUGAAGAGCUGUGCAGCAGAAUCAUCUCACACAUCAAGACGUCCAGGAGCCUCCACAUCAUGUGUCAAAUCCCAGUCUUCUGCUGGAUCAGUGCUACAGUUCUGGAGCACAUGUUGACCACAGACCAGAGAGGAGAGCUGCCAAAGACCCUGACUGACCUGUACUCACACUUCCUGCUGGUUCAGACAAAGAGGAAGAACAACAAGUACGGUGAGGGACAUGAGACGACUCCACAGCAGCUGAGGAGGGCUGACAGGGACGUUCUCCUGAAGCUGGGGAGGCUGGCACUUAAACAUCUGGAGGAAGGAAACAUCAUGUUCUACCAAGCAGACCUGGAGCGGUGUGGUCUUAAUGUCACAGAGGGCUCGGUGUACUCAGGAGUUUGUACUGAGAUCUUCAGAAGAGAGUGUGUGAUCUUCCAGAAAUCAGUCUACUGCUUUGUUCAUCUGAGCGUUCAGGAGUUUCUGGCUGCAGUCUACAUGUUCCACUGUUACACCAAGAGGAACACAGAAGAACUCGACAACUUCUUGGGAACAUAUGGGAACACAGACAGUACCUUCUCCCUGGAUGACCUCCUGAAGAGAACCAUGGAGAAAUCCCUCACCAGUAAAAAUGGUCAUCUGGACCUGUUUGUUCGCUUCCUUCACGGCCUCAGUCUGAAGUCCAACCAGAGAGUCUUAGGAGGCCUGCUGGGUCGGACAGGAAACAAUCCAGAGAUCAUCCAGAGAGUCUUAGGAGGCCUGCUGGGUCGGACAGGGAACAAUCCAGAGAUCAUCCAGAAAGUCUUAGGAGACCUGCUGGGUCGGAGAGGGAACAAUUCAAAGAUCAUCCAGAGAGUCAUCAACAACCUGAAGGAGAUCCAGAGUGAUCGCAUUUCUCCUGACAGAAGCAUCAACAUCUUCCACUGUCUGACUGAGAUGAACGACCACUCAGUUCAUCAGCAGAUGCAACAGUUCCUGACGUCAGAAAACAGAUCAGAGGAGAAACUCUCUGAGAUCCACUGCUCAGCUCUGGCCUACAUGCUGCAGAUGUCAGAGGAGGUUCUGGAUGAGUUUCAUCUGGAGACGUUCAACACAUCACAACAGGGUCGAUGGAGACUGAUCCCAGCUGUGAGGAACUGCAGGAAGGCUCGGCUUGAUGGUUGUCUACUCUCAGAGACUCACUGUGAAGUUGUGGCCUCAGCUCUGAAGUCAGACCCCUCACAUCUGAGAGAACUGGAUCUGAGUAGAAACUACCUGCAGGAUUCAGAAGUGAAGCUGCUGUGUUCUGGACUGGAGAGUCCAAACUGUCGACUGGAGACUCUGAGGUUGAAGAACGGCAGUCUGUCAGAGAUCAGCUGUUCUUCUCUGGCUUCAGCUCUGAGGUCAAACCCCUCUCAUCUGAGAGAACUGGAUCUGACUAACAACAAACUGCAGGACUCAGGAGUGAAGGAGCUGUGUGAUUUUCUACACAGUCCAACCUGCCGACUGGAGACUCUGAGGUUGGGGGGCUGCAGUCUGUCAGAGAUCAGCUGUUCUUCUCUGGCUUCAGCUCUGAGGUCAAACCCCUCUCAUCUGAGAGAACUGGAUCUGAGAAGAAACGACCUGCUGGACUCAGGAGUGAAGGAGCUGCUUGAUCUACAGCACAGUCCAACCUGUCGACUGGAGACUCUGAGAUGGAAGUGGUCUUUGUGAAGGUGAGUUUGAAGAGGACAGUGUGUGUGGACGGAGGCUGAGGUGUGUCCUGAGGAUCCAGAGGCUGAAGCAGCAGCAGCUUGUGUGUAGAGCGGCUCUGACUGGGCCUUGUUGCUGGGAGGCAGAGUGGAGACAGAGCUCCAGAGGAAUCAGAGGAGGUAGCCAAUAUAUAUAUAUUCACCCAAAGUGCUUCAAUUGGUCAUGAAGACUAGAACAGUUGUUAUAUAAAUAAAGAAUACAACGAUGUCAAAGCUACUAUCCUUUUCUAUUCUACUGUUGGGACCUCGUAUUUGUGAACUACAGUUUGUCCUACAUGUGUAGUCCAAGUUGGAGCACAUGUUCUUUGUUCUGGAGACAAACCAGAGCCUUCAGAACCCAGUUUCCCGGCUUCAACGUCACACAGAAGUGUGAAAACUGGACAGGGACACAAGUUUCAACCACUAUAGGUCACUCUGGUCCCCAUGACCCAUGAGGUCACCAGGCCAAUAUAAGCCCAGUUCUCCUCUGUUUCUUCCUCUUUCUACGCAUCCCCCGAGAGGAGAAGUGAGGCUGUGCAGCUCACUUACUCUUUCAACUCAACUCAACUCUCCGAGAGGAGCCCACCUCUCUUUCUGCUCAACUUCAAUGGAGGAGAGGUACAGCUUGCAGCUCACCUCACCAAGGAAUCCGCCUUCCAAUCCAAGCUCUACCAACCUUCAAGCAGGCCUGACUGGAGGAGACUGCUACAACCUUCCAAAGGCCGCGAUGCAAAAGCCUGCCUAAGAACAGCACAAGAGCUGCAUCGCACAGCAGAACAACAACAGGAGCCGCAACCCAGCAAGACGACUUCACUGGACUUCAAAGAGCACAACCUUUUUCCCUUUUCAUGGACGGGUAACACAACUGGGAUUAAUAAUUAUAUGUGGCUAAGCAAAGACUGUUUAUUCGAUUCCGAGUGAUGUUUAUAAGUUUGAUUCGUGUUGCUGUGAUAUCUUGGUUAUAAGUUAUUUGAAAGUUAAUGUUAGUCAUGUAUGCUCUUCAGUCUUUCUCAUGCAUCUUGUAACUUUCACUAAUUUGACACACACACACAUCUGUCUGACCCCCGCUACAUGUCAGAAACAUACGGGGGGGGGGGGGUUUAUUGCCCUCAUAUGGGCCAGCCGCCAUUUUGAAGGCACACUCACUCACAGACACACACACACGCAUACUCUCAUAUAUUCAUAUAGCAAGUACAACUUUAGUAAUUUGUUUUUAAACUUUAUCUUUUUCUUUCACAAAUGUUUUAAUGAAUGUUACAUAAGUGUGAAUUUUUCCAACCUCUACACUGUCAAGAACUUUUUCAACUCUGCUAACUAUCUAUAGGGUAAUUUUGUUUAUAGUUAUUAAUUUAAUUGUUAUUCAGAGUUCCAAAUUUGUAGUUUUUACUUUCAUGAGACUUAAUCAAUAAAUUGGCUUUCUUUUCCCUUCCUUUGAAGGGUAGUGCCCUGAGGUAACUUUAAUCAAUUAAAGUUUUUAAUUUAUUUUAAUAUAAAUAUUUUUUAUAUUCAGAAAAAUUUCUGAUAACCAGAUUCAUUAAAUGCCCUAAGGCACACCAUGCAAUGGUGUCACGUUUAAAGCAUAAUUGAACAACACUACUCUAGAUGCAUCCACAUGUUUUGUGUUGUCAUGGUGACUCUAAUAAAGUGAAUUGUCUGGUGACAAACA